AUGAAACAAAAACAAGAAUUAACUGAUUCGGUAGGUUUAUCUUAUUUUCCAAAAAAAAAUUAUUAUUUUAUUCUUUAUUUAUUUAUUUCUUUCUUAAUUUUAUUUUAUUUAUUAAUAACUUUUUUAAGAUCUAUUUAA